GUUGCCCAAAUAAUUCUAACCGUCACUGGACGUCACCUAAACGUCAAAAUACUAUACACUUAAAAGGAAUCCCUAGCAAAAACCCAGUGAAAUCCUGUUUUUCUCCAAACCAAAGGGCAAAAACUACUCGCGCUAAAUUCGCCCCCGUACAAUCAUCCCCUAGUCGCUGAAUGCCGCCCAUUUGGCGCUGCCCAGGACAGCAAAUCGGGGUUUAAAGGCCAAAUUUCCACUAAUCACCCUCAAGUAUCGUGACGUAAACUGGCUUUGUAUCAGUUGCAAUUAACUGUUUUUAACCGACCGAUUACGAGUUUCAUGGAUUUCCACUGUAGUGACGCAGAUUUCGUGACGUUCUUGCACUCAAAUCACUAAGGUAAGUCUCCAGCCAGCCGCAGAUUGCACAUUUGUCGAGCAUUUACAUCGCCCAGUUCGCUCAGUUUGUUCUGUCUGGGGAUUUCCGCCGUUGGCUAUUGGCUUUCGAAUCUGAUCGCCCAGUAGUGUAAAGAGAAAGUGCCCGAGUAGGUUCUUUGUUUCAUUCAACUAGGCUUUGUUGUGUAUAAGUUGCGAGGCUCAAUUGGCUGGGAUCUGAAAGGCCACAGACGAGCUGAAAAGUCACUAAUAACUGCUGCAAAACAGUUCAAUUACAGACAUUCCGGCCUGCACCAGUUCGAGAUACAGUGCUCCGCUUUACAAUGACGCCGCCCAAUAACUCGUCGCAAGUUCAGCCAGAAGUGCGCAAGAAAACCCCGUCGGACUUCAUUUUCGGCAAAGUCAUCGGCGAGGGCAGUUUCAGCACGGUUUACCUGGCCAAAGAUGUGCAGACGGGCAAAGAAGUGGCCAUUAAGGUGCUGGAAAAGGCCCACAUCAUCAAGGAGAAGAAGACCGAGUACGUAAUGCGGGAAAAGGAGUCCUUGCGAAUCCUCGGCAGCUCCUGUCCCUACAUUGUUCACCUCUACAGCACCUUCCAAGACAGCCAAAGGCUCUACUUUGUUCUCACCUACGCCAGCAAUGGCGAACUGCUCAAGCACAUCAAGCUACAUAAACAGUUCAACUUCGACUGUGUAAGGUAUUACACUGCUGAGCUGAUUCUUGCCCUGGAAUACCUGCACUUGAAGAGCAUCGUGCAUCGGGACUUAAAGCCGGAGAACAUCCUGUUCGAUCACAACUUUCACGUGGUAAUCACGGACUUUGGGAGUGCGAAAAUCCUGCGGAAAGACCAGCAAGGCGAGCCAAAUGGCGAUUCGGAUGUUAAUAUGCAGAAAGGGCGACAAAGAAGACGGAACAGCUUUGUGGGCACCGCGCAAUUCGUCAGCCCUGAAAUGCUGCAAGAGUACAAAUCGUCGCAUGCCUCCGAUCUGUGGGCCCUGGGAUGCAUAGUCUACCAGAUGGCUUGCGGCAAUAUGCUGUUUGUGGCCGGCAGCGACUAUCUGAUCUUCCAAAAGAUCCUCAAGCUGGACUACAGCUUUCCCGACAGCUUUGACGAGAGAGUAAAAGACUUCGUAGAAAAACUGGUAGUUAUUGAGCCAAAUCGGCGACUAGGGGCUUCGGACGCCGUUCCAUAUUCAAGCCAUCGCGAGCACGAGAUGUUUGAGGGCAUUAACUGGAACGACUUGGGCCCACCUCCUCAGCUAUCCAACGCCCCUUUGAUUCUAAAUGAGAGCGAUGGCACGGUGUUUGUCGACCUCGGACCCGGCCUGGACAACCAGAAGCUAUCCAGGCUGGCGUUCAACGAGAUGUUGCCUGAUGCGGCGCCAGUUCCGACCCGCAAAAAGUCCGAAUCCGGGCGCAACUUGACUGAGCUCUCACAGGAGGAAAUUCAAAAAAGACUGCUUGCUCAGGAGAGCAACCCGUUCCAUGUAUUUGUGGAGGGCAAUUUAAUACUCAAACAGGGUUUAGUAGAUAAGCGCAAGGGGCUGUUUCCGCGCAGACGAAUGUUCCUGCUCACUUUAGGGCCCCAUUUGUACUACGUGGACCCCGGGACCAUGACAUUUAAGGGCGAAAUUCCCUGGAGCAAAGACUUGCGCAUCGAGGCUAAGAACUUCAAGACUUUCUUCAUCCACACGCCUAAUCGCAAGUAUUACCUGGAAGAUCCCGAUGGUUACGCGCUGGAAUGGUGCAAAGCCGUCGAUCAAGUGAAGCAGCGUUAUUUUCCAGACGAGUCGGCCCUGGAUGCCGUUUCCAACGGACAUCAGUAGCCGCCGUUCUAGUUAAAUCCGAUCAGUGCACCCGAAGCAGCAGCCUGUAUUCGAAAUGGUGCGUCCUGGCUGCACUGGUUUUAGUCAAGUAUUGUUUCCUAUGCAGUUGUAUGUGCUUGUUUAUUGAGAAGUGGAUGCACAUGGCAUUUGGCAUACUAUUCCUCGGCAUCUGUUAACUAAUUUAUUUUAUUUAUCUAGUGGAAUACGUUUGUUGUCUCGUGAUAACUUAUUAAGUAGGAUAAUAUUUAUUUAUGGUAAAUCUAUUGUAGCCCAAUUUUCUGUUUUUACAAUUAAUUUAUUAAAUGAUGAUUUCUUGCCGU